UAACCCUUUAUUCUAAGUUUUCAUAUCAAUUAUGUUCAAACAUGGCCAACUAAUACAUCAUACUCCAUGCCUUUCCUCUUUCUUUGGUUGCCAUUGAAACACAAAAAGUCUUGCCUUGUACACCAUACUCAGAGUCAGAGAGGUGCAUGAAAUUGCUCUAAUUUUUCCUCACAACAGAUGACUGAAAAAACUCUAGUUCCAAUUUUUGUCUUGUGGGCGUUCCUUACAAUAAUCACACCCACACUUAUUCUCUUAUCAGAGAAUUCAAAAGCCGACUUAGAUUUUAAUGGAAAUAGAACUGAGGCAAUGAAGGUUAGAAGAAUGAUCGGCCACGACACCGAGAAUCAUUUCAUAAGAACACCACCAGAAGUAGCAGCAGCGGCAGCAAAGUUGGUGGUUGCUGAAGAGGAACUAGCAUCAGAACCAGCACCAGCACCAGCACCAGCACCAGCACCUGCAGUAUCAUUACCAUUGCCAUCACAUUCACAUCAUAAUCAUACUAAAAGCAAUAGCACCGAUGAUGAGCUUAUUCUGUUAUCAACCAAUGUGCAUGUCCAAGUCAAGCAAGCAAUAAUCAGAUAGAGAAUUACUUGAUGGCAAUGCUCACUGGCUCUAGAUCAUGUGUCCUCCUUGAAGAACAGUGAAAUUAAAUUGGUGAGAAUAGAAUCAAUUCAUUGGCUUGGGUUAUGUAGCAAAUAUAUUUCUAGAUUGUUGGGGUAAACGAAAAAAAUUGAAGAAUCAUAGUACAAGCAAAGUGACCCUUUGCAUUUCUUAGGUGUUGUUCAAAUUCUGUGUAUGUAGUUAAGAAACUGGGAAGAAUUCAGCAAAUUCUGCAGUUUCUGUUCUUGCAUAUCGUUUUAAUGAGAAACAUUUCUUCAUCAUCACAA